GUCAUUAGUUACCAAAUUGGAAGAUACUUGUUCUGGUUUUUUCAGCUCUGUGGGGUUAGGAGAUCCCCUGAGUGUCCCAGUUGAACCAGUACAUCCAUUAACCUGCCUGCGAGUGUCAGGGCGAGGCCUGGCAGCUCUUUGCAGGGGUUGUGCUCUGCAGGAGGAGUGAUGGGUGUGCAUGUGCUGUGUUCUCAAAGCCAAUACUGCAGCUCAGCCACCUGCAGAACAGGGAACUGACCUUCUGGGUUCUUACAACUGUCCAUAAGCUCUGAAGUACCUCAACAUGAACUCAGUAGAUCUAUAGUAGCAACAGCCAGUCUUCAGUGACUUCUUUUAACUUAGAAGUGAACAUGAUGUGAAGUAAACUUUUGCUAAGCCUCCUCAUUCCCUUAGUGCUUGUUUAACUCUGUAAGUCCCCCAUGAACAUCUGCAGCCUUGCCCUUCCAGUUAUUUACUCACCUGUGCUUUAAAUGAGAAAACUGUUCAGUAUCAGCCUGGUUGGUAGUUGCUGUAUGAUGUAACUACAGGUAUCUCAAUUACUAUGUAAUACUCUGUUUCCAGUAAUGCAAACGCUUGUAAUUACUUGAAUAAGUUUUAUUUAAACUAUGAAUACUUUUUUUACACUUAAGGAAUAUUUAAAUGGAAACCUGAUUGCAUUUUCUGCUAUAUCUUAGUGUAAAUCAAGGCCCAUGUACAAAAUCCAAAGCUGUCUUAUCCCUCCUGACUUGGUUGUUUUUCUACAUUCGGGAUGUAACUUCUUGUUACAAACUUCUGCAUUGUUGAAUAUUUUCUAUCCUUUUAUAGUCCCUUUCCUUUCCAUCUCAGUGCUACUCUUGGGUCUGAUUUGUAACCAAUGUAAUCUUCAUUAUAUACUGUCCUAAACUAGAGCCUGGACAGACUCUUGAAAUAGCAGGAAACUGUCUUUGAAGCACUACAGUACUUUCUUUUUGUGUCUGUUGAAAUAAUUGUGCCAGGAAAUGCAUCUUAUACAGCCACUCUGGAUAAGCAAUAUAUUGUACUGUAAAUAUAGCAGUUGCUGUCACAACCUGAAGUUCAAAUGUCUGGAUGGUAACUAGUGCCUGUCUAAUAUACCUUGGAAAAGAGCAUAGGCCUUCCUCCUAUGGUGCUGUUACAAAAAAACCUAUUACCUGUUUUGAUUCUGGGAAAUUGUGAAAUAUGGUGGACAAAAUGUUGCUGUGUUACAUUGAGAUCCAAACAGUGGGUUUUGGUUUCUCUGUAAAGGAUGUCCAUGAAACUCAAAGGGUUUGGUUUUCAAUGUAAUUGUAAAUAGGUAAAAUUGUCUGUGUGUUUGUGUCUGAAUUCCAUGUGGUGAUCCUAGGACUGAGAGGGAGGGAGAGGGGAUGCAAUCAGGUGCCACUAGUUUUUGCUGACUGAAACCCACUGUAAAUUAGUGAAUGGUGUGAAUUGCAGCCUGACUGAGGUGUUGGAAAUGAAUGAAAACUAUUUGGAUCGGCAUCAGCCUCACGUGAAUGACUGAAUAAACGCAAUAAAAGGCUCAUAGUCGACACUAUUACUUUGUUCAUCACUUACUACAGGUUUUUUGUUACAAAUUUGAGUACAUUAAUUAUGUAAUUUGUAAAAUGAUGCUGUAGUGGAGACCUUGCUACAACACUAUUAAAAAUCUUUCCUUUCUGUGAGAUGAGGUUUGUAGAAUAGUGAGAUUCUUUCAUAUGUUGAAUCUUCCUGAUGGUGGGAAUUCUGGGGUCAUGUAUCUCACUGUGAGCUGGUACUUGGCUAUUUGCAUAACAUGGCAGUUCUGUAUAUUCUUUUGGUUAACUGUAAAUAUAAAUGUUUCAUAAUAGAUUAGUUGAAUUUUUGAGGUACAGCUGUUUGUGUGAGAUUAGAAAAAAGUUUAUUUCUAAGAACUUGUAAAAAAAAAAAGUAUUUUCAAUAAAAUUCCCUACCUCACCUCUAUUGUGCAGAAAUGA